UAUGAAUCUAUGAGGUACUAUAUGAUAUGACCCGAUUAUCCGAAAAGCUCCGUUUAUCUUCCUUGCUCCUGAAACCGACCCGUUUUCUCGCUCUAGUUUCUCUCUCUACUCUCUUCCGUCUCUGCAAGUCCCUCGCUCGCUUCCUACUCUCCCAAACCCUACCUUUCUUCUCCAUGGACAGCCUCUUCUCCAGUAACUCCGACUACUUCUCCGACGACUUCGAUUCCUCCUACUCCCACCGUCGCUUCUUCCGUGACGAUGACCGUGAUUCCGUCGCCGACGAGAGGGUCUACCUACUCCCCUACAAGUGGUGGGAGGAAGUUGAAGGUGAAGCUGAUGAUGGUGGAGGAGGUGUUCUGUACACGGUGUCGUCUAGUGCUGAUUCUGACUCUGAGAUUUUGCUCGAACUGACUCUCGAAGAGAGCGGCGAAGAGAGCCACGAGAAGAUUAAGAAUCUGGAGGUAGAGUUUUCCGGCCGUCAGUAUGCAUUGGUCCCGGAAGGAAUGUGGUUGCGUGCUCUCAAACGGUAUAAUGAUUUUAAUAAUGCAGUAAAUUCAGAAGAGGACUGUUUGCUGGAUUUGUUCCCCUUGCAAGUUAGGAUAUCGGUUUCAGGGGAAACCAGUUCACUGGUAGCAACGAUAAGCCAAAAGGAAAACAUGGUUGAAUUCUACAAGAAAGCUUGUGGCAUUUUCAAUCCCGCGUAUAACCCAGUGCAUAUUUGGGACUUUUCAGGGCAGACGACCCAGUUAUUUAUGAAUGACAAAGUUAGGUUGCCAAAUGAUUCUCACGGUCAACCUGGAAAAGAGGUUCUUCUGGAGUUACAAGUUCAUGGAUUUUCAGAUUCAGUGAUGGGUAAUGGGAGAGAUGAGAUGAUUUCAGAUAGGUCUCAGAUGGAAUGUUCUUCUAGCAGUAGCUCUGUUGUGAUGAAUGGAAGCACUGGCAAAGUGAUUCCUUAUGUAGCAACAUCCAACUAUUCUCAAGGCUGUAGCUAUAGAGCAGUUCGAACUUUGGGCUUGACAGGGCUACAAAAUCUUGGAAAUACCUGUUUUAUGAAUAGUGCCAUUCAGUGUCUGGCUCAUACCCCUAAGCUUGUUGAUUUUUUCCUCGGAGAUUACCGUAAAGAGAUAAAUUAUGAAAAUCCCCUGGGAAUGAAUGGAGAACUUGCUCUAGCUUUUGGAGAUCUGCUUAGAAAGCUGUGGGUUCCUGGACAAAGGCCUGUUGCACCACGAAUAUUUAAGAUGAAACUGGCUAAUUUUGCCCCUCAGUUUAGUGGUUAUAGCCAGCAUGACUCUCAAGAACUUCUUGCCUUUUUGUUGGAUGGACUGCAUGAAGACCUUAAUCGUGUAAAACGGAAGCCAUAUCAUGAAGUUAAGGAUGCAGAUGGCCGUCCAGAUGAAGAAGUUGCAGAAGAGUAUUGGCGAAAUCACCUUGCUCGCAACGAUUCCAUUAUAGUUGAUUUGUGCCAAGGUCAAUUCCGCUCAACACUGGUUUGCCCUACUUGCAAGAAGGUUUCUAUCACAUUUGACCCAUUUAUGUAUCUAUCCCUGCCUUUACCUUCUACAACGAUGCGGACCAUGACUGUAACUGUCAUGAGCACUGAUGGGAUUCAACUGCCUUCUAGAAUUACUGUAACGGUGCCUGAAUAUGGUACAAUAGAAGAUCUUGUUGGAGCCGUAAGUGCUUCUUGUUCUCCGAGAGAUGAUGAAAUCCUCUUGUUGGCUGAGGUAUACAAGAAUAAGAUUUUUCGAAUAUUUGAUCCGCCAUCUGAAAAAUUAACCGAAAUCAGAGAUCAAGACAAACUUGUUGCUUACCGAUUGAAGAAGUAUAAUGACGCUAGUACCUUGGUUAUUUUCAUGCAUGCGAAACGUUUGGUGGAAGAUUAUGUGAAUGGGAGGUUUGAAAAUGUACUGGUUGGUAUUCCAGUUGUGACAAGGUUGUCCAGUAUUUCUUAUGGACAUGAUGUUCAUAGGGAGUUUCUGAAGUUAAUCAAUCCAUUUAUGAUGCAAAACACUGAAGAUAUGACAGAUGAGUACGACCAGGAUGAUGAUGUUAUUGAAAAAGUACAUACUGAUGAUGAAUUGGGUGAUCCUACUGGCUCUGCAGCAUUAGGAAGUGAUGUAGUCUCAAGCAGUGGAGCAGAAGAUGAUUUGAUACAUUCAAGUACUGACUUCGAAUUCUACUUUGCUUCUGAGUCAGGAAUAGAAGAUAAGAUGACACUGAGCGAUCCAUUACCAGACACAUUGUCCCCCAAAGGGCUUGUGGUAGUUGUUUUCUGGUCGGAUGAUAUGCUUAAAAAGUAUGAUAAAAAUCUGCUGGGCUCAUUGCCUGAUGUGUUCAAGCCCCAGCUAUUCACCAAGAGAACACAGGAAUCAAUUUCUAUUUACAAGUGCCUUGAAGCCUUCUUGAAAGAGGAACCUCUUGGACCAGAAGAUAUGUGGUACUGUCCUUCCUGCAAGAAACCUCAGCAAGCAACUAAAAAGUUAGACCUUUGGAGAUUGCCUGAAAUCGUUGUUAUUCAUUUGAAGAGAUUCUCAUACAGCCGAUACUUCAAGAACAAGCUGGAUACAUUUGUUGACUUCCCAGUUAAUGAUCUGGACUUCUCAGCUUAUGUUGCUCACAUGAAUUAUCAGUCUUCCAAUCGCUAUGUGUUGUAUGCAAUUAGUUGUCACUAUGGAGGGUUGGGAGGUGGUCAUUAUACAGCAUUUGUCCGUUAUGGCCAUGAGAAAUGGUACGAGUUUGAUGACACCAGGGUUGCCCCUGCUAAUGAGGACGAGAUUAAGACUUCUGCUGCUUAUGUUCUUUUUUACAGGAAAGUUUAGAUGAAAACUUUAGAAGUGUGCAAUUAGUGUUGAGGCUUUUUAGACUUUUUGCAUAUACAAUUGUCUGGCUUCCUCAAAAUUGCAGCUGAACCGAUACUGGUUAAGUUUUACUGAGAGUAGUGAAGAGAAAAAGAAAAGGAUUUGAUAUUUUGUACAGCUUUUAGAAGCUAAAAGGGGUAGAUCUUAAAUUUUUAAAGCUGGAGGGUAGAUUAUUACAGCUGUUGUGCGACAUGUAUAUAUAUUUAUGCAACAUGAAAACAUUUAACCCAUUUUUUGCAGAUGUAGCUUUGGUUCUUUUUCAGCCGUGAUUAUAUAAUGGGAAAUUACUGUUUUUUUGUCUCUA